AUGCAGUUCUUCACCCUCGCCGCUCUCUUCGGUGCCGCCGCCAUGGCCGCACCCGCUGCCCAGACUCCCGACUGCCCUAACCCGGCCCACUGCCAGGGUCCACCAGACGUCAACAGCUACGAGAACGUCAACUUCAAGGACUACACCAUCCGCAAGAACAACGGCACCCUCCAGUCCGUCUCAUUCAAGAUUGACGGCCGCAACGCCACCGACCUUUCCUGCGUCGGCGGACCCUACCCUACUCUCCCCGCUCCUAUUGUCAACUGCGGCGACAGCAAGUACCGUUUCGCCAUGACCAAGGACAUCAACGGCGACUACCCCAUCACUCUCUACCACGAGCUUGGCACUGCUGUCGGCUUUUGGGGUCAGGGCGUUGUUCCCACCUACUGCCACGCCGGUGGCAACGGUCCUAACGACUUCGUCUGCUCGCAGGUUGCCCAGUACACCUUGGUCAUUGCUGCCUCUGGUUAA